AUGGUCCACUGUUCGACGUGCUCGUUCCGCUGUCAUCUAUAUUGUUUUUCGCCUCCGCUCAAGCAACAUCCUGCGUUCCUCAUCCGAAGACAACAGCAAAACUCUCAAAGUGAUUCCAAUGGUUCAUCGCCGAUCUGGAAGUGCGAAAAAUGUGAAGGCACGUCGGUUGUCUUCAAUGUUAGACCCAAGCCAUCGGUUGGGUCGCCAACACGGAAGCGACAGUCUUCACCUCAAAAGCGGAAAGGAAACUCACCAAGAUCAGAAAACACUAACAGUAGUACUUCGACGCUGCAGGUGGCAUCAUCGAUUGAAGAAAAGGAUAACUCUGGGUGGAUACAGCCCGUGCAGCCCCAGUGGAUCGAGAACUCGGCAGUUGUGUUUGACUGGUAUCGCUUCCGAAGUGAAAAAGCAGAGGCACUGCGUAACCAUGAAUCUGACCCAAAUCAGAAUCGAAGUGGAGUAGAUGACCUGGUUUUUUACUCGAAGACUUAUGCGUUAAUGAAAAAGACAGCGGCGAUUUGGCGUGCACACGUGGUGCGGCGACGACGAUUCCGCUAUCAACAGAAGCUGGAGAUGAAAGCGUUGCAUUUCCCUGAUAAGAAUAUCAACGUGAUGCACGAGGGGCAGCCAACAGACACGAAUGCAGUAAAUGUGACUCAUGAAGAAGUUUAUGAUGACGAAGAUGGAAAUCUCGUGGGUGCCAAUCUUUACAUUCCAUACUCAAGAAGACGCCCACGUCUUCCACUGUUGUGGAAAGGUGAACCGCCGAGUUCCUUAAUGUGCUGGACUACAGAAGAGCGUGAGGAAGUUGCAAACAUCUUAGAGGAAAUUAAAGAGCGAGUGUGCUUAUCGACAGAAGAUUUUGAUGUACCAUUACUCCAGGCAGAAGACAAUUCUGAUUUUUUCACUGGAUCUGACGGCGAGCACGUCAAUGAUAGAGUAGAACCUCAAACCGAGAGAAACGAAAGUGCAAAGAUUCACGUAGCUGCAACAAUUAUUCAGAUGAUGGUUGUUCACCGUCGUCGUCGUUGUCGGAGAAUUGAUCGAGCGAACCGACGACGUCGCGCGCGUGAAGAAGCUCAGCGCAGAGCCAAGGCUCGAGCAUCGAUUACUCUUUUGCGAACUUGUGUUCAAUUUAUUGUCAUUCUCAUGAAAGCGCUGGGACAGGCUCGAACAAAGAAAUCAAUGCUGCUGGUUCUUCGCGAUGCUGCAGAAGAAACUCGAGUAAAUAACGAUAUGUUGAUGAAGGAAGAGAAGGAUGCCGAAGCGGCAAAACUCUUAGAACAACAGCGUAAAUUGCAGCUGGCAGAGGUGCGGAUUCGUCGCUUUUUCGUGCGACGUGUAUAUCCCUACGUGAAGAUUAAGAAAAAUGUGAUGGCUCGGCGUAUUCAGCGCUUUUGGAAGAGUAAAUACUAUCUCCAUAAAUGGCGGGAAGCUGCAAUUGCUCUUCGGCUUGCACAUCGAAAUGAGGCAUGUACUCGAAUUCAGCACUUCUAUCGGAUUUUUCGGGUUCGAAAUCGAUUGCAAGCGCUAAUAGAAGAACAUGCACGCCGAAAACUGCGACGAACUCUGACGCGGUGGCUGCUUUCACGUCUUGCAAAGAAAGAAGCCAAACGAUGUGCUGUAUAUGAAGCAGCACAAUUGCCCUCGACCGAAGGAAGCCCGCUACCAGAAAAUGCCCCACUUGAUGAAAUACUUGAGAAACGGGGAAUUGCUCUUUACCAACAAGGUGAUUUCUGGAACGCUGCGUCCAUUUUAGAACGAUUUUGUCAGAUGAGGAAAGGGAUUCUGACCCUGGAGUUGCAGAAAGCACUUGCUUAUUCGCAUCACAUGACGUGGUACACAUCCUAUGACCGGUUUAACUUGUCUCGAGCACAUGAACUGUAUUGCUCUGCACUUGAAAGUUAUACAUCUGGAAAACGCGUGGACCCGUUAGUGUUACAAGACGCUGCAGUUGUGAUGAUGCACAUGGAACACUUUGGUGAUUCCUUGCGUUUACUAGCCAAGCUGAUUGAAUAUUUCGCACGACAUCCACAAUUUCCCCUGUGGUUACUACUAGCUGCAGUGCAAUUACAGCAGCUAGGUGAGUGGGAACAAAGCGUUCGCUAUUUGACGUAUCUUCACGAUAUUCCGCCGUCUCCGUAUUUGGAGAGGGACAUACUAGCACUGGCUGCAAUGAGUUACGAGCAACUAGCAUUUGCAGCAGCUAAAACAUCAGAAGCUAGAGCUUCUAAUGUAGCGUUUGCGAAAGAGGCGUGGCGGGCUGCACUACGUCAAUGGAACCUCGAGAAAAUUAACGAUGCAAGGCCCAGCAGUGCAACUCGAAAUAAUGGUCGCGUCUUGACUUCUAAACAAAAGUGGGAAUUGCUUACAGAUCUAGGGAAGCGAGCGCUGGACCAAGGUCACUAUUUGGUGUCCUGUCGAGUCUACCUUUACGCUCUAGAGCGCGUCAAGCGUGAUGAUCAGGAGAACCACGCGGUUUGGUGGAAUCUUGCGGAUGCGUUUCGGCAUCUUAGCCACCUAGACUUGUACGUCAAUGCUGCACUUCGCAGCAAGCCUAGCUCAACAAGAGACGAACUACUACAAACAAACGUGCGAGAGCGUGCUGAGCAGAAGGCGACCAGUUUCCAGAGUGAAUUGAAGACACUGACAGUGCUGCAAAAGUUACGACAGCUAAGUGGGAAUGCCAAGUGACUCGUAAAAUGAAGAAUGUUUUAUAAAUGUUAUAUCUGUAGCAUAUUUAGGUGG